CGCGGUGCAUGCCGGGAUACAUGGCGCUCUUGUUUACAAGAUGGUAGAGGAGGAGAUUUCUCUCUGACUUAACGAACGAAAAGUAUUCCUGCGUCCCUUCGCUGUCGCGCUCCGGCCUCGUCUGCUCGAGUGAAAUCAAUGUCCGGUGUCUGUGUCUGUGUUUAGGAGGAGCGACACAAAACGCAGCGGCUGAGCGGCUGCAGCUCAGACUGACCGCACAGAUUUGUUUUUUGCAGUGUCACUGACAGACAGGACGAUCCUUCGGCUCACAGAGGACUGUCCACCGGGCCUGCAGAACGGUAUCUGAAUCCAGCCGAAUGAACAGAGCGACCGCAAAGCAUCUAAUUGAGCGCUACUUUCGGCAGUUAACUGAAGGCUGUGGAAAUGGCAACUGCACGAAUGAGUUUUGCGCAUCAUGUCGUGAUUUUCAACCUUUGGAUAACAAUUCGGCAGCCGCCAAAGCGCUUGAGCUGUUUAAGAUUAACGCCAAACUCUGUGAUUAUUACCCCUCCAUCAAGUCCAGCGCUGGCGGAAACUCUGAGCAGGACAGUAAGAUGAACGAAGACACCAAGGAAAACUUCUCAGAUGUCCAUUACCUCACCGAGAACAAUGUCUGUACGAUCCUGAAUUUCUGCGAGGAGGAAGGGGAUUAUUCUGCUCUCGUCCGCGUCAUCGGCAGGGUUUUCUCCAAUGCUGAAGCCUUGAUGAGGAGUUUCAGGAAGGAUGAACCAAAUGCCACUGAAAACCUUGACUCUUGUAAACCCACAGAUGUAGAGAAACAGAAAGAACAAACCUCGGAGAAGAUGGGCGCCUCCUCUGCAGCUGCUUUGCAAGACGAUGCUUUGAAUGACGCGUUGAACACCUGUGAAAUUGCGGUGGACCUCCACGCUGUGAGGAGAGUCUACGACAGACUCCUAUCCAUCGACCAAGUGGAGGCAGCUCUUGUGAAUGCGCUCAUUUACCUCACUCCAAAUGUGGAACUUGACCUGGAAUAUCUUGAUGUGUACGAAGCCAACCCAGAUUACCUGAAUAUCUUCAUCAUCGUGAUGGAGAACGGUAACCUGCACAGCCCAGAGUAUCUCGAAGUUGCAUUACCGCAGUUCUGCAAAGCAAUGAGCAAACUGCCAGUAACUGCACUUGCCAGGCUGUCAAAGCUCUGGUCGAUGUACGGUCUCCCACACAUCCGCCGUAUGAUGGAGACCUUCCAGCAGCUCAUUACUUUCACGGUUGUUAGCAAUGAAUACGAUGCUGAAAAUCUGGUAAAUGAUGACGAGACUGUGGUGGCUGCAACCCAGUGUUUGAAGAUCAUCUUCUAUGCAAGUAUCCUGGCAGGUGAUGUGGAUGUUGAGCACAAUGAGGAGGACGAGGAAGACUCAGAUUCCGAUGAGCUAACGCUCCACGAGUUACUGGGUGAGGAGCGGCUCUAUAAGAAGGGCCCUCGGGUCGACCCUCUGGAGAAGGAACUCGCCAUCCGAACUGUAGAUAGUAUACGCCCCGUCAUCCCCUUUGAGGACUUUGUCAAUGAGUCGGUGAAUGAUGUGGUCGAGAUGGACAAAGAUUUCACCUUCUUCAAGGUCAAUGCCGAAACGAAAUUUUCUUUCCAGAGCUGCCCGUUUAUCCUCAGCGUCAUCACCAAGAACCAAGGGCUGUACUACGACAACAGGAUCAGGAUGUACAGCGAGCGGCGCCUCACGGCUCUCUACAGCAUGGUGCAGGGGCAGCAGCCCAACCCAUAUCUCAAGCUCAAAGUUCGCAGAGACCACAUCAUCGACGACGCCCUUGUCAGACUGGAGAUGAUCUCCAUGGAGAACCCAUCCGACCUGAAGAAGCAGCUGUUUGUUGAGUUUGAAGGAGAGCAAGGUGUUGAUGAAGGAGGAGUUUCAAAGGAGUUUUUUCAGUUGGUUUUGGAGGAAAUUUUCAAUCCGGACAUAGGAAUGUUCACCUAUGACGAUGAAACUAAACUUUUCUGGUUUAAUUCGUCCUCGCUGGAGAAUGAAGCACAGUACACUCUCAUUGGAAUCGUCCUAGGACUCGCUAUUUACAACAACUGCAUCCUGGACGUCCAUUUCCCGAUGGUUGUCUACAGGAAACUCAUGGGAAAGAAAGGGACCUACUUGGACCUGUCAGACUCACAUCCAGUUCUCUACCAAAGUUUAAAGGGACUGCUCGAAUACACUGGCAAUGUGAAAGAAGACAUGAUGCUCACCUUCCAGAUUUCACACACAGACCUUUUUGGAAACCCUGUAUUGUACGACUUGAAGGAGGAGGGAGACCAGAUCCCUGUUACUAAGGAGAACAGACAGGAGUUUGUGGAUCUGUAUGUUGACUACAUCCUGAACACCAGCGUGGAGAGACAAUUCAAAGCCUUCAAAAAAGGUUUCCUAAUGGUCACAAAUGAGUCCCCGCUGAAGUAUUUGUUCAGACCAGAGGAAGUGGAGCUGCUUAUCUGUGGAAGCAGGAAACUUGACUUUGAAGCACUUGAAAAGACAACAGAAUAUGAUGGAGGUUAUAGCAAAGACAGUCAGAUUAUCAAAGACUUCUGGGAAACUAUUCACUCAUUUGGGGAGGAGCAGAAGAGGUUGUUUCUUCAGUUUACCACCGGCACAGACAGAGCACCGGUUGGCGGUCUCGGCAAAUUAAAAAUGAUCAUCGCCAAGAACGGCUCAGACACAGACAGACUACCAACCUCCCACACCUGCUUUAAUGCACUGCUGCUCCCUGAAUACUCCACCAAGGAAAAGCUGAGGGAAAGGCUCCUCAAGGCCAUCACCUACGCCAAAGGCUUUGGGAUGCUGUGACAGAGCCAAAGGAAAGUUUUCAGACUGCAUUUGUACAAAAAAGGGAGUAUUUCAAAAACACAUAGGGAAAUGCCAUGAAAAAAACAUAAUGCUGCAAUAACUUUGUGCCUAACCAAACUCUUGCAGCCACCGUUCGUUGGCCUUCCACGCUGAGGCCUCACUUCCUUUUAGAGCCACUUUCGUAUACGUUAGAUUUCCCAAAGAAUUUAAAGCGGCACUUAAAUCGUUAUUUUUUUUCACGUGUGUUUUGUUUUCUGGACAGACAGAUACUGUUUGAUUUGUGAAACUGUGAAAGUGCACUUAUACACGGCACAUACAGUGUAUUUAUUCAUUUGGUUGGACUUUUGUCAUGUUGUUGCAGUCUUGAAGAUGUAGCAGUAUUCAGUCCCCAGGCUCUUUUCCCACUAGGAUGCACUGGGCAUAAUGGUGCUCUUUGGCUACGAUUGUCAUUGUAGUAAGUUAAGGUAAAGCCUUUUACAUCACUGCUAAUCCAAAUACCCUAAAGCUUAUAUUUAAAGUAUUUCCUACAAGCGUGACCACAAACUGUCCGCUGACUUCGAGUUGAUUUUAUGGUUGUAUUCUAACAGUUUUAAUUUUGUUGUGCCUCUUGUAUCACAUAUGAAAUGAAUAGUGUUUGUUGUGAGCUGGAGCUGAUAGUUUGUUUGCAGGAUUUCAGAAUGUAGUCACUGACUGGUCGGUUCAGACUUUCACAUCCUGAAAAAAAUGUUUCUCUUCUCUUGGUUUAUUUGCUGAGAGUUUUUGAUUGCACACUUGUAAGUGCAGUCGCCAAAUGUGCAAUGCCUAUAUGAGGAAAAAAGUCACAUGAAAUGUUUUAUUUGGCCAAAUAUCUCAGGUACAUAACGAAUGUGCAGAUAAUGUGAAACUCUUCUGUAAAUCUACUAUUAUGCAAAAUAAAAUAACGGUGAAAAAAA